AUGGAUCAGGGAAAUGACACCAGAGUGAAAGAAUUGAUCUUUCUGGGAAUUACUCAGUCCAAAGAGUUGAGCUGGGUCUUAUUUAUCUUCCUGUUUCUUGUGUACAUUACAACUCUGAUGGGAGACCUCUUUAUCAUGGUUGCAGUUACCUGCGAAUCGCGCCUUCACAUUCCCACGUACUUCCUGCUCCGCAAUCUAUCUAUCCUUGACAUCUGUUUUUUCUCCAUCACAGCUCCUAAGGUCCUAGUUGAUCUUCUGUCAGAGAGAAAGAUCAUCUCCUUCAAUGGUUGUGUCACUCAGAUGUUCUUCUUUCACCUUCUGGGGGGAGCAGAUGUUUUUUCUCUCUCUGUGAUGGCGUUUGACUGUUACAUAGCCAAGUCCCUACACUACGUGACCAUCAUGAGUAAGGGGCGGUGCACUGCCCUCAUUUCAGCCUCCUGCAUGGGGGGCUUCGUCUACUCCAUCGCGCAGAUUUCUCUGUUGCUGCCCCUCCCUUUCUGUGGACCCAAUGUUCUUGACACUUUCUAUUGCGAUGUCUCCCAGGUCCUCAAACUCUCCUGUACUGACACCUUCACCCUGGAGCUGCUGAUGAUUUCCAACAAUAGAUUACUCAGUUGGUUUAUAUUCUUCUUUCUCCUCAUAUCUUACACAGUCAUCUUGACAAUGCUGAGUUCUCACACUGAAGAGGGCAGGAGGAAAGUCAUCUCCACCUGCACCUCACAUUUUGUGCCCUGCAUCUAUGUCUAUGCCCGGCCCUUCACUGCCCUCCCCAGGGAUACUGCCAUCUCUGUCACCUUCACUGUCAUUUCCCCUCUGCUCAAUCCUAUGAUCUACUAUACCCUGACAAAUCAGGAAAUGAAGUCAGCCAUGAGGAAGCUAAAGAAACAACAAGAGCGUUCAGAAGGGUUUUAA